CUCGGGGAGGUGAGGAGGACACAGCGGAGGUCGCGACUGCUCGCCCCCAGGGUCCUUGCGGGGAAGGAGGCUCGGAAGCGGCCGGAGUCCCCCGCGGGCAUCCCUCCCCAGUCUCCCCGUCCACGAUGGCGGAGCCCGAGCUGCUGCUGGACUCCAACAUCCGCCUGUGGGUGGUCUUGCCCAUAGUCUUCAUCACCUUCUUCGUGGGCAUGAUCCGCCACUACGUGUCCAUCCUACUGCAGAGCGAUAAGAAGCUCACGCAGGAGCAGGUUUCCGACAGUCAAGUCUUAAUUCGAAGUAGAGUCCUCAGGGAAAAUGGAAAAUACAUUCAGUCUUUCUUGACGCGAAAGUAUUAUUUCAACAACCCUGAGGAUGGAUUUUUCAAAAAAACAAAGAGGAAGGUGGUUCCUCCAUCUGCUAUGACAGAUCCUACCAUGCUCACAGAUAUGAUGAAAGGAAAUGUAACAAAUGUACUUCCUAUGAUUCUUAUUGGUGGAUGGAUCAACAUGACUUUCUCGGGAUUUGUAACAACCAAGGUCACAUUUCCUCUGACCCUCCGAUUUAAACCCAUGCUACAGCAAGGAAUUGAAUUGCUCACUUUAGAUGCAUCCUGGGUGAGUUCUGCAUCCUGGUACUUUCUCAAUGUGUUUGGACUUCGAAGCAUUUAUUCCUUGAUUCUGGGCCAAGACAAUGCUGCAGACCAGUCUCCAGUGAUGCAGGAGCAGAUGACAGGAGCAGCGAUGGCCAUGCCGGCAGACACCAACAAAGCUUUUAAGACUGAGUGGGAAGCUUUGGAGCUCACUGAUCAUCAGUGGGCACUAGACAAUGUUGAAGAAGAGCUUAUGGCCCAGGAUCUCCACUUUGAAGGCAUGUUCAAAAAGGAACUACAGACAUCCCUUUUCUGAAGGCUCAGGUGGUGGUUAAACCAAUACUGACAUCUCCAGCAUGCUGCUGGGGGCUCAAAGAAGUCAUAAGAGUUUUUUUGUUUGUGUUUGAAAAGCUCAGAAUAAAGAGGAGCAUGGGCUGGACACCUAAAAAAAAAAA